GAUAUGCAAAACUACUGUGCAGUACCUUCACGGGUAAAUAUUUGACCACAAUGUCCUCCUGGAAACUACACAGGCCAAUCACGUAGAAGAUAUAAACGUGACGUCGCGCGUCGAGGCCCCGCCUCCGCUUCAGAACGUAAUGAUUUUUGUGUCAGUAUGAACAAGGGAAACCGCGCACGCUGAUAACCGUAGAGGAAAUACCGGCUUGGUAAAUGGCGAAGACUUACGAUUACCUGUUCAAACUCUUGCUCAUAGGAGACAGCGGAGUGGGGAAGACAUGUCUCCUCUUCAGAUUUAGCGAGGACGCCUUUAACACCACCUUUAUCUCCACAAUCGGAAUUGAUUUCAAAAUCAGAACGAUUGAGCUAAACGGAAAGAGAAUCAAACUCCAGAUAUGGGACACAGCAGGACAGGAAAGAUUUAGGACUAUCACCACUGCAUACUACAGGGGCGCUAUGGGUAUUAUGUUGGUGUAUGAUAUCACCAGUGAAAAAUCAUUUGAGAACAUAAAAAACUGGAUUCGUAAUAUUGAGGAGCACGCAUCAUCUGACGUCGAGAGGAUGAUUCUCGGAAACAAGUGUGACAUGAACGACAAAAGACAAGUGUCUAAAGAGAGAGGAGAGAAAUUGGCGAUUGAUUACGGGAUCAAGUUCUUGGAAACAAGCGCAAAAACCAGCGUAAAUGUAGAGGAAUCUUUUAUCACCCUCGCCAGAGACAUUAUGGCCCGACUUAACAAAAAAAUGAAUGAUGGUGGUCAUACAGAUGGUGGGGGACCGGUAAAGAUCUCAGAAAAACGCUCCAAAAAGCACAGCAUCUUCAAAUGUUCUCUGCUGUAACUCUCGAGUGCAGCGUUCACUCGAUGUGACUUGGUGACAACCACAAACGCUCUGCUGGUAUAAUGUAUCACAUGAGCCACUGCAAAGAGCCACAAUUUCAGGCUCGAGGGCAGACUGAGCUUCCAGUUUCCAAGCCCCUAAAGUCAAGAUGAAACAAAGAGGAACGGUGGAGUUUUGAGAUAUUUGGUUGCUUCACUGUGGUAGAGCGGUAAUACGAAACGUUUCCUUUGUCGUGUGGUGAUAAUCGUGAAAAUGUGUUGGUUCAUUUCAAAAGAUAACGAAUGGUUUUGUCUUGAUAUGUUUUUGGAAACAUACUGCAUAUGCUGUCUUAAAGGAAAUUGCUGCUGAAAGCUUAGAUCAUAACAUUUAUAUGUAUUAGUAAAAGUUUGAGUAUUUCAUGUGUUUGUAUGAUAGAUCUUUCUGUUUUUAUACAGCAUAUACUUACAUAAGUUUAAAAAAUGCAAUUUUUGGAACGCCUGUAGGUUUAAAGCACUUUACAUGUGUUUUCAAUGAGCUCUCGUCACAGGCACAUGUCCAUGUAUAGCACAUACAGACGUCAGUACAUCCACUGGAAGGUUUAAAGAUAGCACAUGAUGGUCGCAGUAAAACAUCUCCAGGUCCCACUGUCAAAAAUAAAGGUACAAAGCUGUCACUGGGGCAGUACCCUUUAAAAAAGGUCCUAAUAUGUACCAUUUAGGUACAAAUAUGUAUCUUUGAACUGCCAAUAUGUACCUUUGAAGUACUAAUAUGCACUUUUUGGGUACAAAGGUGUACCUUUUUGAAAGUGUACUGUCCCAGUGACAUCUUUUGUACCUUAUGUAACACACAAAAUCAUAUUUGAACUUGGGAUCUGUGUGUAAAGCCAUUGUAAAGUAUAAAAAACCACUUGGGUUUUACAAACAGACAGCAUUUUGAAUCCAACAUGACACGGAUUUGUGCAAAUUAUGUAAAUAUCUUAUCAAUCGAAACCUGUUAACAUUUUUUCAGAGGUGUGAUGAUGAAACUGAUAUAAAAAGAUCCUUAUUUAGCAGUGUUAGAAUUAAUAUAUUCAUUUGAUAAGUAAUCUGAGGAUAAUUUAAAGACAGGCUGUUGGUUUUGUGCAAGCAAGUAUUUAGGGCUGCAUAACGAUUAAUCACGACUAAUCGUUUGCAGAAUAAAAGUUUUUGUUUACAUCAUAUAUAUGUGUGUACUACUGUGUAUAAUAAUUAUGUAUAUACAAAUACACACAUGCAUGUAUCAUUUUCAGAAAAAAAAAAAUAUUUAUAUAAAUGAUGAUGUAGACAAAAACUUUUAUUUUGCAAACGAUUAGUCGCGAUUAAUCGUUAUACAGCCCUACAAGUAUGGAAAGAAGAAACAUUGAAUAUGGGGAUGGUUGUUGUGUCUGUUACCUAUUAUAAUUUUUUGCACUUCAAUGAAUAUUGUAUUAAAGUCAUGAAAGCAUGCUUAUAAACAGUAAUUUGCAGAAUAACUGCCUCCUAAGUGUAUAAUUCCAGGUACAUUUGGUGUCCAAAGUCAUUAUUUUCAGUUAUGCGAGACAUUUUUUACAGAUAAUGUUCAAUUGUUAUGGGCUGUAACAUCCGUGAUUUAUGAAAAUGACUACAAAAUUAUUAAAAGAAUUAAAAAUAUAAUGACUUUGGACACCAAAUGUACCUGCAAUUAUAUACUGUAAUCACCUAUAAGAUGAUGUUUUUAUUUGAUUUUUUUCACUUUUGCAAAAUGUGUUCAAUGUAUAAGUGAUUUUUAUUUUUACUGUUUAUAUAAAUUACAUCACCCGAGGCUCUUAAAAGAAAUGUGCAGUUGCCAAAAAAUUUAUUUUCUCAUACAGUCAACUUAUCUGUUUCAAAAGACACUGGAUGGCGCUGUUGCCUUUGACACUUGUCAUAACUGCACUAUUGUUUUCAAAUGUACAUUUUGGUUAUCUAAUGAUUACCUCAGAAGAGGGCGUACGGUAAAGGUGACAACCUCCUAAAAGAGUUACAGCAAUAAAAGCCCCCCUUUGGGAAUUCUUUCUUCCAACUAUUUGUGCUGAUAUUGGGAAUAGUAAUGCCUUGGAUCCAUUAAUCUGAGUUGGACUGUUUGAAUCCAUGUUAAAGAAUGUACUGAUGAUCACGUACCUUGACUAAUGUAGCAUAUAUCAUGCAUACCACUGACAUUCAGAUGGGACCAUUGUUACGCAUGUAUGUUUCUUUUAUAUUUAUGGCCUUAUUUGUAAGACAUAACAUUGUGUUACUGGACUCUAUACAUGUAAAGAAACGCCACUAUACAUUUGUUUAAAGAUUGUGUUAACAGCAUAAAAAAAGAAAACGUGAACAAGA